CGGUCUCCUCCUCUCUUCCACUGUGUGUUCGAAACGCUUGAAACCCUCUCGGCGGCGGCGGCGGCGGGGGGUACUGCCAGCGGAAGCUCCCGGCGCUCUCAUCCGGUGAAAGAAAAGAGGGGAAAGAGACAGGAGCCGGCUCAAAUGGACAGCGGAAGCGAUUCCGACGGCGCCCCCGAGGAGCUCACCGCCGUCCAGGCUGUUGAGAAGCACGAAGAGAUCAGUAAAGUUGAGAAGGACAGUGCCAUCAGAGUAACACGGGAAGGAAAGGAGCGGAGGAAGCGUUGGGCCCAACGAAGAACAUCCUCUAAACCAGAUAAGAAGGCGCCAAAGGAAGUAGAAGAUGAAGAUACCAAACAAAGUGAGGAGAAUGAGGAGACAAAUACUAUGCCGGGCAUGCUCCCUACUAGUGUAAUUGAAAUUCUAGCAGCUCGUGAGAAGUAUGUGCACUUCUUGCUCUAUCAUUUUUUACUAAAACCUUUGUUUUUGACAUGGACUUCAUUGGUUACUUUGUCUUCAUCUCACACUCUCAGACAAACUUUCGCAUCAGAUUCUGAGGAAGAAAAUGUAAAGCAGAAGGUUCAGAAACGGAAGAAGAGAAUGAAAACUGAUGGGCCUGAAACUAUUCUGCUGAAAGAUGUCCGGUCAACGCAACAUGUGAAGAAUGCCCUAGAUUUCUUGGAGCAAAGGAAAAAUCGGGUUCCAAGAUCAAAUGCAGUUUUGAAGAAUGCCAGUAAGGCUUUGCGUCUCCUGUCAUCUAAAGGCAAUUUUCUAGGCUAAGUGCUGGGUGGAAUAGCACAUUUUCUGAAUCUGUGUUUAGACCAUCAUCUCAACAGCAUAUAUAUGGUCAAGAGACUUUGGAUCGAUGUGUUUGAAUGGAAUCAAUCUGGCAUGUGAGAUGUGAUGCAGUAUAUCCUUUGGUGUGGAGAUGUGAUGAUUAGCACACCUGUGCGGUUUCAGUUAUCUAUUUUGUAUGGAUUUGUGCUGCAAAUUUCUAAAGAAAAUUCUGAAAGAUGUCCAAAUUUUGAUACCAAUGUAACACGUCUUGUAUCAAACUGUCAGGUUGUCCGUAUUGACUAUGCUUUGGCUAUUACCGUUCAUCUGGAAAUGUUGUACCGGUGCUCUGUUUGGUGCA